CUUCUCCCACAUCACGCCCAAAAGGACAGAGAGAAUACCUGACAACUAACGGGGCGUUUCCUAACAUUGUUAGACUUGAAGAGCAAGUUGAUAGGUCAUAGACAUCACCGGAUUACCCCCUCCACAUCUGAUCCAGGAGCGACAGACCAUCAUCCUGAAAGGACAGCAAUCUCAGCAUGAGCAGAUGUCUGAUUAGCCACGUGGAGGUGCAAAGCUUCAUUGAGAGGUGCAUGACAGCAGUUGGUACCAAGCAGCAUCAUGCACGCAGUCUAGCUGAGGUAUUGGUGGAAGGAGACCACAGGGGCCACUAUAGCCACGGACUCAACAGGAUGGACAUGUAUGUAAAGGAUGUUCAGACUGGCAUCUGUGCCAAGGACGGUGAGCCAGUGGUGGAGAAGGAGAGUGCAGCCACAGCGCUGGUGGAUGGGCAGAACCUCUUGGGCCCAGUGGUGGGAAACUUCUGUAUGAAUCUGGCCAUAAAAAAGGCCAAAGCAGUUGGCAUUGGCUGGGUGGUGGCACACAGCUCCAACCAUUAUGGUAUUGCUGGAUAUUAUGCGAUGCAAGCACUGAAGGAAAACAUGAUUGGCAUGUCGUUUACCAACACAUCACCACUGGUUGUUCCUACACGUGCUAAGGAGUGCACUUUGGGCACCAACCCCAUGAGUGUGGCAGCUCCUGCUAAAGAUGGAGAUAGCUUCGUUUUAGACAUGGCCACUUCAGCAGUAGCACUUGGAAAGGUGGAGCUUCAUGAGCGGCGUGGAGACCCCAUUCCUGAGGGCUGGGGCUGUGACCCUCAGGGAAAGCUCACAACAGACCCCAAGAGAGUCCUGACUGGAGGAGGGUUGGUGCCUAUUGGUGGCAGUGAAGCCACAGGAGGGUACAAAGGCUAUGGUCUGGGAAUGAUGGUGGAGGUGUUCUGUGGUAUCUUGGCUGGCGCUCAGUACAGCAAAUACAUCCGCACUUGGAAAGUAACAGACCGUGUUGCAAACCUGGGUCAGUGUUUUGUGGCAAUCAAUCCAGAGAACUUUGCUCCCGGGUUCAGUGACAGGAUGUCAGAUCUGCUGUCCAUCCAUAGAAACCUGGAUCCUGCUGACCCAGACACUCCUGUUAUAGCUGCUGGAGAUCCAGAGAGGAUGAACAUGAAGAAGUGUGAGGAUAUGGGUGGGAUCCCUUACCACAUCAGUGUUGUCAAAUACAUGAAUGAAUGUGCUAAGAACAUUGGUGUGAACCCACUGCUGCCGUGUGACAAGAUUGUCUCCAAUUAGUUCAUCCAGUCAGGAUUCUCAGCUGUGGAAAUCUGCUACUAACUGAGUUCAAUUGAGUUCAUGUGCCUUAUAUAUUUUAAAAGUAAUGUUUUAUUCAUGUUGUAUCCUAAGUAACAAGUAUUGUUUUUUUAACUUCAAUAAAAGAAAGACUUAAUAAAAAAUAUUUUAAAGCAA